GUCGUCUUCUUCAGAGCCAAUCAGUGCGCUAGGGUUUUGGCUCAUCUUAUGUAUAAAGCUCAAUCACUGAAAUUUCUUCUCCUCACGCGGCCAUUUUCUUCUCGUCUUCAAAACAAAAGCCAUGGCCAAUGGGCCCUCUCCUCUCGCUUUGCUUGUACAAGCCUUCGAAUUGACGCUCCAACGUUAUGAAGAUUACUUGAACGCGCUUCUCAUCGCGACUAAUAACUGUGAUUAUUUUGAAGCGCAAAGAAACCCAAAGGUUUCUAAUGCGCGGAGAGCCUGCGAUGAUGCCAACAAUGCUUAUGCAGCACAAGUUUGUAGAGUCCUCGGAGAAAUCAGAUUAGUCGCAAGUAGCAUGGAGGAGAUUGAAGCUCUGUUGGCGGUAGUCAGAAGUUUACAGCCUGGACAGGUUCUAACCGUGGAGAUUCAGGGCCCCGUACCGCAGGGAAAUGUGGUAGAUCCCCUCGUAGCACAAAUGAGGGCCGCUUUGGAGGGCGAAGAAGGCUUCAGGCUGCGGCAUGGGAACAUCUACGACCUUCUUUACCCCCUUCCUCAGGGUUUCAUGCCGGCUGUCCAGCAGGUCCUGGGGGAGCAGCAGGCCCUGGCGCAGCAGCAGGCUGGGGGGCGGACUUCGCUGCGGCAGCUUUAGGAGACGAGAGAGAAGCAGUUGUGUUUUUGGUGUUAAUCUGUCUGUAAAUAUCUAAAGAUUUGGAUUGGAUUUAGUUUCCUGACUUUCCAGACAUUUGUUAUUUUGUGUGCGAAAAUGUUUAAUAUGGAGCUCAUGAUAAAAUAGAGGAACUUUGGUGUGAGG